ACCCUCUUGGCACCUGGAGAUGAUGUCGGUCGAAGGGUCUACAAUAACAAGUCGGAUCAAAAAUCUACUUCGCUCCCCUUCCAUCAAGCUGAGGAGAAGCAAGCCUGGGAACAAGCGUGAAGACAUAGGCAGCAAGGUGACUUUGGAGAAGGUGUUGGGGAUAACUGUGUCGGGAGGCAGAGGAUUAGCCUGCGACCCCAGAACUGGCCUCGUUGCUUAUCCAGCAGGGUGUGUUGUUGUGCUGUUCAACCCUAGAAAAAAUAAGCAACACCAUAUUCUAAACAGUUCCAGGAAAACAAUUACAGCACUUGCUUUCUCUCCAGAUGGAAAAUAUUUGGUUACAGGAGAGAGCGGACACAUGCCAGCAGUUCGGGUAUGGGAUGUGGCCGAGCGAACCCAGGUGGCUGAGCUCCAGGAGCACAAGUAUGGCGUGGCCUGCGUGGCCUUCUCCCCCAGCUCCAAGUACAUUGUUUCAGUGGGGUACCAGCAUGACAUGAUUGUCAACGUGUGGUCGUGGAAGAAAAACAUUGUAGUGGCAGCCAACAAAGUCUCAAGUAAAGUGACAGCAGUGUCAUUCUCGGAGGACUGCAGUUACUUUGUCACUGCUGGAAAUCGACACAUCAAGUUCUGGUACCUGGAUGACAGCAAAACCUCCAAGGUCAAUGCCACAGUCCCAUUGCUAGGUCGCUCGGGAUUGCUUGGAGAACUGAGGAACAACUUCUUCGCAGAUGUGGCGUGUGGAAGGGGCAAAAAAGCUGACAGCACCUUCUGUAUCACAUCCUCAGGCCUGCUCUGUGAAUUCAAUGAAAAAAGGCUGCUAGACAAGUGGGUGGAGCUGAGGACCACUGUGGCAAACUGCAUCUCUGUGAAUCAUGACUACAUCUUCUGUGGCUGCGCUGAUGGUACCGUGCGGAUUUUUAACCCUCUGAACCUUCACUUUGUCACCACACUGCCGAAGCCACACUUCCUGGGAACAGACAUCGCGAGUGUGACUGAGGCCAGUCGUCUUUUCUCUGGUAUGGCUGAUGCGAAGUAUCCAGACACGAUUGCCUUGACUUUUGACUCCACCAACCAGUGGCUUUCCUGUGUAUACAAUGACCACAGCCUGUAUGUGUGGGAUGUCAAAGACCCGAAGAAAGUUGGCAAGGUGUACUCCGCUUUGUACCACUCUUCCUGCGUGUGGAACAUUGAGAUGUAUCCAGAGGUGAAGGACAGCAAUCCGUCGUGCCUCCCCCCCGGUUCCUUCAUCACCUGUUCCUCUGACAACACCAUUCGUCUGUGGAACACUGAGAGCUCCAACAUUCAUGGCACAGCCCUGCACCGCAACAUCCUCAGCAAUGACUUGAUGAAAAUCAUCUAUGUAGAUGACAACACUCAGGUACUUCUGGACACUGAUUACAACUCAGCAGGAAGUGCAGACAAAGCUGAUGCACAAGUGAUGGAUACGAAGGUGGGGAUACGUACUGUCUGUGUGAGUCCCAGUGGGGAGCACCUGGCCUCGGGGGACAGGAUAGGCACUCUCAGGAUAUAUGAGUUGCAGUCUCUGAGGGAAAUGCUGAAGGUGGAAGCCCAUGACUCUGAGAUCCUGUGUCUGGAGUACUCAAAACCCGAUACAGGCUUAAAGCUCUUAGCCUCAGCCAGUCGAGAUAGAUUGAUUCAUGUCUUGGAUGCUGGAAAGGACUACAGCCUGCAGCAGACCCUGGAUGAACAUUCUUCUUCCAUCACUGCUGUGAAGUUUGCAGCCAAUGAUGGGAAAGUGCGAAUGAUAAGCUGUGGGGCAGACAAGAGCAUCUAUUUCCGCACUGCACAGAAGACAGGAGAAGGGGUUCAGUUUACCCGAACGCAUCAUAUUGUUAGGAAGACCACUCUGUAUGACAUGGACGUGGACCCCAGCUGGAAAUACGCAGCUAUUGGAUGCCAGGAUCGUAACAUCAGGGUUUUCAACAUAAGCAGUGGGAAGCAGAAGAAACUUUACAAGGGAUCCCAAGGUGAAGAUGGCACCCUCAUCAAAGUGCAAACAGAUCCCUCUGGUCUUUAUAUUGCAACCAGUUGUUCUGACAAGAACCUCUCCAUCUUCGAUUUCUAUUCUGGCGAGUGUGUUGCAACCAUGUAUGGACAUUCAGAGAUUGUAACCGGGAUGAAAUUCAGUAAUGACUGCAAGCAUCUGAUCUCUGUUUCUGGUGACAGCUGUAUCUUCAUCUGGCGUUUGAGCUCAGAGAUGACCAUCAACAUGCGGCAGCGACUGUCUGACAUGAAGCAGAGAGGGAAACAGGCAGAAAAGUCUCCUCCACACAAGACAGCUGGACUCAUGAGGCAUGAAUCCAUCUCUGCCCUGUCCUCUGUGCCUGCACUCUCAUCAGACAGCGACAAGGAUGGUGAAGACGAAGGGAAUGACGAAGAUGAGUUACGUGGGCUGCAGUCUUUCCAUAUUCAGUCCAGCUGCAACACUGAGAGAGACUCAGAUCCAGACCUUACCCUCUCAAGAAGCCUUUCCCAUUGGGAAAUGAGGAGGGCCAAAGAGAUAGCAGCAAUCCAGCACUCGGAGGCACCGAUGAGCAAGAUGCCCCGGCAACGUGGGCGCUGGUCCCAGCCAACCAGCAACAUAGAGAUGACUGUGAAAUCCAUGCUUGACUUGCGUCAGUUGGAGUCUUUCUCUGUUUCCCGUUCUCCGAGUCGAGACUCGCUGUCUCAGAACAGCAAUGGGGAUGACAGAGAAGAACAGGCAGAUCUUCCUGUGCACAUCAACAAAGUUGGCAGCUCAAUACCUUCCCAAGAUAACCGGUCUUGUGUGCGACCCCAAGUGAUUCGGCUUGUGUCUUGUGAAGAGGGGAUUUUCUCUCAGGAACUGGAACCUUCUGAGAGCGAGGAGUGUGUAAUCUACCCUGAGCAAGAUGAAAUACAUCCCACAGAUCCUAGCAGUGAGUUCCAGGUAAAAGCGUUGCCCCACGGGAAGCUAAGUAGAGGUUAUCACAGCAAUGGAUGCCCAGACAAGCACAGUCCUGACAGUGCCUGCUCUGUAGAUUACAGCAGCAGUCGUCUGUCCAGCCCAGACCAUCCAAAUGAAGAUUCUGAAAGCACUGAGCCCUUAAGUGUGGAUGGCACCUCGGACCUGGAGGGAGAGGAAGGAGAGGAGGACGUGGGUACUAGCAUGCCAGAGGGAGAAAUUCCCCAUACACCCGAUCAGGAAAAGUUCCUCAAGCAGCAUUUUGGGACCCUGGGCAGCACUGAUGGAAAAGGUGGCUCAUGUAGGAAUCUGGAAAGAACCGAAAACCUCAGCAUUUCCUCUCGCUUUCUUUCCCAGUCCCCAACUCUCAGACGAUUGUCACUCUCUUCGUCAAAUCUGAUACUGGAUUCGAAGCCAGUUGAGCUGCCAACCCAGACCAAUAGGUUUACACCAGACCCGUUGAAAAAUGGCAGCAGCCAUCCUGAUGAUGCAUUGGAGAACAGCCAACUCCUGGAGAGUGUAAAUUCAAAUCGGGCUAUUUAUGUCCAGAAAAAACGCAGAUCAGCUUUGGAGGCCAGCAGAGUUGGUAUGGCUCCUGGACGGGUUAUUGCAUCCUUUCCAGAAGGCCCUGUGAAUGCAGUGAUGAGAAAGGCACAGUCAGUACACGACCUCGUUCAUGAGGAUAAGGGUCCUGGAGUGAUAUCCUCUGCCAAGCAGCGUCCUCAGACUCUUAUGGUGGUUGAGAAGGAUCCCAGACCUAACAAUUGCAGGGUGUUAUCAGCCAGUAUGUUGAAGAUGGAUGGAUCUGGUGCUCUGCUGGCCAAAGAUGUCAGGGCUGCAAAACCAAAGUCCUACAUGAACCCCACAACCAGCUUCCGGGCUAAGAUGUCAAGGAGCGUAUCUGUAGGGGAAAAUCUGUACCUUGCACUUCAGCCAGUUGUAAACUGCUCAUCUCCCAAGUCCUUCCAUAGCAAGUUGGCAUCAUCAAAUCGAGCACAUCUGAUUCUUGACAUUCCCAAGCCAUUGCCUGAUAGACCCACGCUGGCUUCCUUCUCACCCACUACCAAAAUAAAAACCCUGCUUGAGCCACAGUCUCCGCAGUCACCUGCUGGGGCCUGUAAAAAGAAACCCUCUUUUCCUGAGGUCCGAACCUCCAGGAGGGAGAAUCAAACUGCUGGGUCUCUGGUUCCUGGUAGAGAGAUCCCAACAGGACUUGCUAAGGAGAACCCAGCGGAGAGUCCAGUCUCAAGGACAAGUUGCCAGGAUGAGCCAGGGGUCACUAAUCCAAAACUGAGGGAGUUGUCAGAGGGCCGGCACCUAAGGUCUCCUGAGGGCACACUGCCCAGGUGCAGGGAGAGGAUCACCGGCAUCGGCUGUGUGCUAGACAACCAACCUGGACUUUGCCCACUAGAUCCCGUCAGGCCGAGGUCUCCUACAUCUGUAACUGCCUCGGCACAGGUCUCAGAAUCGUGCAUCAGUGUAGAGCAGUGUGAGCACGUGGUAUCCGAACUCCAGGACAGCAUGCGCAAAGCCAUUCAUCUUUACCGCAUGGUGUUAAACGAUAUGGAGUCUUCUACUGACAAAGAUAAAAUAGCAGGCCUCCUGACAGAAACAUUCUCCUCAAUGAAGAAAGAAUUGGACUCUCUGAAGGAUGAGGAAGAUCUUCCAAAGGUUAAAGAGGUACUGGUGAAGCCACAAGAUACCACUAGCCCUCUGAAUGAGGGAUGUGGUGCCAAUCUACCGAGUCCCAAGAGUCUGGGAGAUGAGCAGACACUAGCUUUGCUGGAACAGUACUCAGAGCUAUUGCUACAAGCUGUGGAACGACGCAUGGACAAGAAACUCUAAGAGGGGUGGCUUUUAGGUGUUUGUGAAUACACAGAAAUGAUCCCAAGAAGAGGACCACAGAGAGAGAGCUUCAGACUGAUGCUAUCAUGGCACUGGUCUAGGGCUGGUGGGGAGACCUUUAUAAAUUGAUUUCCUCAGGCCCCUACAACUGACUUGCUCUAAUUCUUAGCAAUGUGCUGGCCACAAUUUUAAUAUUUUUUUCCCCAAUGGUCUUCAACUUCCUGUCUCUAGAGAAAGUCUUGAAAAGAGGAGUUUGGAGAAAUUGCCUUGAAAUUUCUUCAUAGCCAGGAGGUCAGGAUGUUUGGCACCUAAAGAAAGGAAGAAAAUCCAGUUUAUCCAAGAAAUUCUGAACUGCUGACUAAAAAUAAAGGAGUCCAAGUGAAGCCAAUCCCUUCCUCUCCAAGGCUUCAUGAGAAUCAAGAAGCAGACUUUUUAUGGGUUUAUUUAUUAAUUUAUUUUUCUGACUGUUGCUCUAUGUCACAUUUGUGGCUAUUAUCUUUGUCCUUUAACAAAAACUGUCAAUCCCUUUGCCAUAUCCCAGCGAGAAACAAUCUCUGUAUUAUAAACCCCCAACAGGGAGACAGGCUGGAGUGUCUGUGCAAUUAAUGAACUGUUUUCUGCUUAAAUCUUGUCUUGCUGUUCUUUCUUUUCUUGCCUUAGUUUUGUUACCUGGAGUAAUCCUACUGUUGUCAUGACAACCCUGUCUGCUUUUCUCCUGUUUCAAGACAGUCUCCACACUGUAUUUUAUCUGCAUUCACCUCCGGGGGAGAGGCUCUGCAACCCUUGGACCAUGCUUUGGAGAUUACUUAAUUAAUUCAGUAGUGGUGUUUUUAAUCUGGAAUUUGAUGCUAUAUUGUUACUUCGGACUGGGUUUUCUGCAGACAUUUUAAAAAUGGGAUUUAGAUACAAAUAUGAAAGUUUGUUUCAGCCACCUUUCAUGAUUAGGCAUUGGAUAUUGACUUUGAUGUUAUCAUGACUGGGAAAUUUGGGGUGAUGAUUUAUUUGUUGAGAAGUGACAUGGAAAAGCUGGUUUCCAGCUCUUACAGUGUAACUCUGGAUUUGAGAUCUUCAGUGCAACGGCUCAUCCAUGUAAUUUGUUCAUUUCACUGUGAUAGGAAAAUGUUUUCUUCUUGCUUUUCCAGGAAAACAGAGUAUUUACAUCCCCCAAAAGCUGGGAUUCUCUUACCUUUUGUAAAGCUAUUUCAACUACCCAUAGAAAAUGGUUUCCCAAGAACUUCGAACAAGAUAUUUUGGGAUGUGAUUACUACCAUUUCCCAUGCCCCCAGCCUCUUUGCUUUUCAUUAAUUUCUUGUCCGAGAAACAGAAAGUCUUCACUUCUUGCAUUUGUGUGUGCAAUACUCUUCUCACCUUGUGGAGUUUCUCUAAGCCCAUGCUAACUUGUGUUUGUUGUGGCUUAAAACUGUCCAAUGAUGUGUUUCUGAUCAAUGAUAAGCUAAGAAAAAAAAAAUUUCAAACCAAUGAAAUUCUUCAGCACCUUCCCCCUUACUCCCAUUCCUUUCCACAAUAGGGACAGAUACGCAAAAUGCUUUAUUCCUUCCUCCAUCUCCAGUCUGUCUUGUCUUUAUUUUAAAGCAGAGCAGUAUAAUCCCAGUUUAUAAAACUAAUGCAAGAACAAGCUUUAGGUUAGAGAGAGACUGCUGGCAUCUGUGGAAGUCAUUCAAAGGCAGUCAGACUGCAUCACUUGGUUCCACGGGUUACAGGCUUGAAGCAGUUUUCUUUCAUCUUCCUGUCCUGGCUGUCAUCUCUUUGAAACUCUGUGGCACUCGGAAAUGCGGUCUGUUGACUUCUCAUCUUUCUGUGACUGGAGGUCUGCAGUGCAGCCUUUUUUUCUCCUGGGCUGGCCAGAGUGGUGUUUCUUCCGAAUAACUCCAGGGCUGAAUAAUCUGCAGUUCUCGCUCUCCCCCUAACAGGUUUGUUGGCUGAUCACCGCUGCCGAGUGCUUCAGGACUUGGCAGUAUGGGGUGCACUUUUGAGAGCUUUCCAGCUACUUCUGCCUGUAAUUUAAAUUGGCCUAAUCACGUUUCAGGUGUCCUUGCUAACCUUUCCUUCCUUGGGCUUGUACUGAAACUUUAAAAGUGUCAUUUUCUAGUCCUGUCUCAGCAUUGCACUGUGCUGAAUCAGCUGGUGUGCUCGGUCCCAUGGGCAGCUUCUCUUGCACAGACAGGUUUUGCAAAGGAAGGCAAGUUGAAAACCAGAGAGGAAACUUCUGGCAGUUUCCUUGAGUGAAAAGGUGUGCUGGAGAUGCCGUGAGUGGAAUGUAUGAUGGCAGUCAUGUUGGGUCUGUGAUGGAGUUAGUGUGGGUCAAGCUUGCUUUUGAGGUCCUUAGUUCCUCCACUUUCAGACUGUGAACAUAUGUCCUAGUAUACAGGGAAUUUCUUGCUGUACUGGGGCCACAAGACACUCAGGUAAAAUAGCAAUCCCUUCAACCCAGGUAUCUUUUGGUACUGGUGAUAACGGUUUGAGGGUCCUUUAUAUUACUUCCCUGUGCAAUUUUAUUCCGUUUUAUUAUUUAAACUUUGACGUAGUGACAGAAAGGGUCAGAGAUGAUGCAGAAGAGCCAGUGGUGAGAAUGAAAUUCCCAUGAAGGUGAAGAGCAACAACCAGUGAAGCUGGCAUAGCGAUAUGGAACAAAGCUCCUUGGAUGUGAGUCGCGUGAAGCAAAUCUGAUUUUUAAGCUGAUCAGAGUGGGUUUUGCUUCCUGGAAUGGAUUUUGCUUGGGGUCGUGGCUGCAUACGGGAAAUCAGAGGUAAAAUCCGAUCAGAGGGAUGGUAAGAGAAGUGUCGGGCAAGUAGAUCAGCUGGAGUAUGGUUGUGUGGUUUAAAAUAAAUUAGAAUAGUAUAGGUAGUAUACACAGGAAAACAAAGUAGAGGUAGAGAUAGUCUUGGCCUGAGGAACACCAUUUGGCCAAUACCUGUGAAAGAUACAGUACAGAAAGGCUUGAGGAAAGUAGAUUUAGGACUGAGGUGGUGAUCUGUAACUGAAGAAUGAAUUGGAAGGGGUUUUUGUUUUUAAAUAUGUCCUAUUGGACCUCUCAUUUCUUUGCUUGCUGUCCUCUAAGCAACUGUUUUUUCUUAAAUGGCAAAGUCAGGAGCUGUUUGCCCAAGGCUUGGAUGUUACGACUUGAGUAGUAGAAGUCCAGUGAAGGAGAUGCUGGUGUCGCAAGUUUGUUGCUGAGAGGGGUGAGGAGAUAGUGUUGCUCUUUAUAAUUUAGGACUGAUCCAACUGAUUCUUCCCUGCUAAAUUCCUAUUGCUGGCAGUAGGAAAUAUUCCUAAAAAUUCUAGUUUACAGAACAAAGAGAGCGUAAAUAUGUUACAUUUUGUUGCACCUUGUGAAUAUGUUUCACCACAGGCUGUCCAUUGGGCCGGGUAGAGAAGUACUGAAUGGUAACUGCCUGGGAAGUGAAUAGCCUUGUGGGAGGAGGUAAUAAACUUGAGUCUAUCCCUCUUACUGGUUUGUGAUCCCUCUUACUGGUUUUGUGUGGAUGUUAGCAUAGGCACAACCAGAUAUUUUUAUUAAGGCAAGUUAUUUGUUUAACAUAAAGCCUGCAAAAAUAAUUUGGACCUACCUAUCCUCUUUACAUACAUUUUUGUCCCCUCCAACCCAACAUUCCUGGUCAAAAUGAGAAUAGUUGUUGGGUUUGUUUUUUUCUUUUCCAUCUUGUAAAUAGUGUUACUUUGCCUGUGGGACCCCAUGGUUCAUUCUUGGGCCCUCUGAACUGGUGCAGUAGGAAGGGCUGCAACCUGAGAGGGCAGCA